UGUAGCUGUUUGGAACGUAUUAUUUAUCACAAGUCUACCUGGAUGACCUCAAAAGCUUUCCUGCUGGGUUGAUCGGCGUCUAAUACCUUGUAUAGACCGCAUCCGACGAAGCACUCGACCAGUCGUGUUAUCGAGCGUUAUUUCUACCUGUUGCAUUGCAACGAAUGAAAUCAGAGGCCAGAACUUAAAACACAACUCAAUUGUGAAUUAAUUAGGCUUAACAGUUACAAUGACAAGUCAAUUGAAGUAUUUGUCUGGCUUUGGUAAUGAAUUUGUCUCUGAAGAUCCCCGCUGCCCUGGUUCCUUACCAAGUGGACAGAACAAUCCUCAGAAAUGUCCUUAUGGCUUGUAUGCAGAACAGCUCUCUGGAACAGCUUUCACAGCCCCACGUGCGGAGAACAAGAGGUCUUGGUUGUAUCGAAUUCGCCCAUCAGUAAUUCAUCAUCCUUUCAUUCACUUAAAGAGUGAAUAUCUUUCCCACAAUUGGGAUGAGAAUAUUACAAGCCCCAAACAGAUGCGAUGGCUGCCAUUCGAUGUGCCAGCUCCCAGUCAGGCCGUGGACUUUGUGGAUGGCCUCCACACUUUGUGUGGGGCUGGGAAUCCUUGUACUAGAUCUGGCAUAGCUAUUCAUAUUUUCCUCUGCAAUACUUCAAUGAAUGAUAAAUGCUUCUAUAAUGCAGAUGGAGAUUUCCUAAUUGUCCCACAGCAGGGAGUUCUGGAUAUUAUUACAGAGUUUGGAAAGAUGAGAUUGGAGCCCAAUGAAAUAUGUGUCAUACAGCAAGGAAUGCGGUUCUCAGUCAAUGUCAGUGAACCAACACGUGGCUACAUUCUAGAAGUAUUUGAUGGCCAUUUCCAGUUACCAUAUUUAGGGCCAAUUGGAGCAAAUGGUCUUGCAAACCCUCGGGAUUUCCUCACUCCUGUGGCAUGGUAUGAAGACAGAGAUGUGAAAGGUUACCAGGUGAUAUCCAAGUUUCAGGGCCAUUUGUUUCGAGCUGAGCAGGAUCACAGUCCAUUUGAUGUUGUUGCCUGGCAUGGCAAUUAUGUUCCAUACAAAUAUAAUCUGGCCCUCUUCAUGGUCGUUAAUGCUGUGCAGUUUGAUCACUGCGACCCUUCCAUCUUCACUGUGUUGACAUGUCCAUCCAACAAGGCAGGGACCGCUAUUGCUGAUUUUGUGAUCUUCCCACCACGGUGGUCUGUGCAAGAGCACACAUUCCGCCCCCCAUAUUAUCAUAGAAACUGCAUGUCUGAAUUUAUGGGCCUGAUCUUUGGAAAUUAUGAAGCAAAGGAAGAAGGCUUCCUACCUGGUGGUGCUACACUCCAUUCAAUGAUGACUCCUCAUGGACCUGACACACAGUGUUUUGAAGGUGCUUCCAAUGCAGCCUUGUGCCCCACCAGAGUGGCUGAUGGCACACAGGCCUUUAUGUUUGAGAGCUCACUGAGUCUUGCUGUCACAAAGUGGGGCAAAGAAACUUGCCAAAAGCUGGACAGUAAUUACUACAUGUGCUGGCAAGCUCUCAAGAAGCACUUCAAUCCAAAAUGGCAACCUGAUGCUGUGUAAAGCGAGUAUCCCAGAUCAUAAGUUUCUGGUCAUCAGCUACUGACCCAAAUAAAGACUCAUGUAGCAGAUGCCAUGCAACAUCCUGUAAUGGACAGUAUACUAUUAAAGAUGUUACAGCAAUUUGUACCAUACUGUUGUGGAUCCACAUUAGGUGAAACCAUCUUUAUAUUGUAAGAAUAAAAUAAAACAGCAUACUUCUCCUAAUCAUGUACAUAUCAAACACAGUUCAAUCGAAAAAUAUCAAAUACAUGUUACAGGAAAUCGAGGUGUACAUCUGAAAUUCAGCUUAGUCUUUCAAUUUCACUGCCUUUAUUGGAUGGUAUUUUUGUGCUUAUACCCUAUUAAUUUUUUUGUUUUGCUUUAUUAAAUUAAAGGCAACUGAACAGCUGAAGAAAACAGAAUGUAAUUUGUAAAGUAACCCAUUUAAAUCCUAUUUGUAUAUAAAGGGAUUGGAUACUGCAGAGCAGUAAUUGGUACUACUGAUUUGUAUACAGAAACUUGUUCAAACAUGUCUUAUCGUGCUAAGGUGUAUAACUUUCCUGAUGUUCCUGGACCAUGAUAACCCCACACCAUUAAAAAAUAAAAAAGAGAGUAACAAAACGUUAAAUUUUUUGAAGACUUUUCAUUGCUAUCAAUAAUUUAAUAUGCUCAAAUAUAUGUUUGCCACCAAACAGUAAACGUGUAUGACAAUAAAAAAGGAAGCAAUGAACAUAACGUGUCUGUCUUGAAGCAAUUUAUGAGGCUGACAUGUGGUUUUUCCAAAAUACAAACAAAAAUGUAAGAUCUUUAACCUUUAUCUUACUAGCGUUCCCAGCCUGGGAACGUAAGUUGUGUAGUCAGCCCUACGAACAGGGGACCUCAAAACUUGCAACAUUGUAAGAAGACUUGGCUAUGCUUUUGGCCUAUUUUAGGGGCUGCAAAUUAUGAAUCACUUUCUCUUGGGUUUUUACAAGGUCAGCCUGUGCUGUCAACCCAGAAACUAUAACCAUAAACAGCAAUAAACAUUGUUAUUGUCAAGUGGGUUUAGGCUUGUUUUCAGGCACCUAAUCAAAGCUUCUCACAUUCCUGAGCAUGAUGGGUGAGAAUAAUGUGUAUCCACUGAAGUAGGGGAGACAAAUUUUUCUGUGUGGUCAUUAGUUCACAACCAUGUCCAAUGAGCUUCAAAAGAACAAAGUGAAGUUACUAAGGCCUAUUUAGGCAAUUACGAUAUUAACUGCAUUUUUAAAGAACUCUAUGUAUUCUCUGUUCUAUUCUAAUAAAUAUGGCUUUUAUUUUGUCAA